AUGUCGGGAUACGCCCUUCAUGGGCAAUCGUUUUCCGCGCUGGCUUACGCGGACGACAUUGCACUCCUGUCAUCGACGCCCGAGGGAAUGGGACAACUGCUUCGUGCAGUGGAGAGGGAGGCAGCGUCGGUGGGGCUGCGGUUCAACCCUGCAAAAUGCGCCACCCUGCACAUCGGUGCGGGCAAUGGCGGCAGGGUCCUGCCGACGUCAUUCCGUCUCCAGGGCCAACCGAUUCGCCCCCUUGCAGACGGCGAGCCUUAUACGCACCUCGGCAUUCCAACGGGAUUCUCCGUUGAUCAGACGCCCUACGCCGCCGUCACGGACAUCGUCUCGGACCUCUGCGCGGUCGAUCAAUCCCUCCUUGCCCCUUGGCAAAAGUUUGACUUAAUGGCUACCUUCAUCCUGCCGCGUCUCGAUUUCUUAUUACGGGGGGCCAGAGUUCAGAAGAGUCCCCUCACGGCCGCUGACAGGGUGUUACGCCGUUAUGCCAAGUCCUGGCUGAACCUCCCUCAGCGCGCGAGUGCGGAGGGGGUCUACAUGCCUCCCCGCUGGGGUGGAUGUGGCCUCCUUCCGCUCUCCGAUCUCGCCGACGUGCUGUCCGUCGCUCACGUCUUCCGUAUGCUUACGGCUGGCGACGCGGCGGUCAGGACGCUGGCGUGGCAGUCGCUGAGGGGAGUGGUCCAGCGUAGGAUAGGCUACGCCCCUGCUGGCGACGAGAUCGCCAACUUCCUCUCCGGCUCGCUGGAGGGACGGCUGAGGGGUGGAGGGGAGGCUUCCCUCUGGUCCAGGGCGAGAAACGCCGCGCAGCGUCAGUCCGAGAGGUUGUCCCUGCGGUGGCGGUGGGUUCCUGAGACGGAGGAGAUGAUCUUGGAGUGCCGGGGUCCCAGAGGCGCCACGGUGAAGAUUCCGCCUGGUGCGCGCGCCCAGGUAGUGGGUCGGUUGCGCUCAGCUGUAGCGGAAUAUUACGCGAGUACCUUGCUCGCGAAGCGAGAUCAGGGUAAGGUCUUCGAGGUGUCGUCGCGGUGCCGAGUGAGCAAUCACUUUAUCCGUGGCGGCAGCUUUACCCGCUUCGCCGAUUGGCGUUUUAUCCACAAGGCGCGGCUGGACGUGCUCCCUCUCAACGGCGCGCGCCGUUGGGGGGAUGGAGACAAGCGCUGUCGUCGUUGCGGGGAAGUAUCGGAGACAUUACCCCACGUGCUCUGCCACUGCGGCGUCCACUCUGCCGCAAUACAGCUGAGGCACAAUGCCGUCUUGCACCGCCUCUGGAAGGCUUGUCGUAUGCCGGGGGAAAAGCGGGUAAACCAGCGGAUCGAGGGGAUCGACGGGGAACUUGGCGAGCUACGACCUGAUCUCGUGAUCAGGCACGAGCCCUCCAAGAGUGUCGUCAUAUGCGACGUGACGGUGCCCUUUGAGAACCGUUGGGAGGCUUUCGAGGACGCUAGGGCGAGGAAAAUAGCCAAGUACUCGCCACUAGCUGAGGAGCUCCAGCGCAGGGGGUACCGUGUGGUCGUGACGGCCUUCGUCGUCGGUGCCCUCGGGUCAUGGGAUCCGAGAAACGAAGCGGUGCUGAGACUGCUGCGGAUUGGCACCCCGUACGCGUCACUGAUGCGCCGUCUGAUGGUCUCGGAUACCAUCCGCUGGUCCAGGGACAUCUACGUGGAGCACGUGUCUGGCACUCGCCAGUACCGGGCUCCUCCUCGCCCCGCCGGUGGUGGAUUUGCGACGCCGCCUCGGGCCAUUCGCCGACGCUGGCUCGCCGACGAAGUAGAGCGGCACGACGCGAUUGCGUGUGUGAAUGUCGCGUAA